UUGAUGAUCAAACGUGUGCCAAAUCAAUAGUUUCAACAUGUCAUAUCUAAGAAGGCUUUUAAUAUUAUUAAUGUAACGUCAUAAUCAAUCAGAGCUGUCGGUUUGUCAUAUCGCAAACAUCAAUGUUUGCGUUUACUCCAUACACAUUCCAACCUCUGUUUCAUAGAUUCGUUACACUUUUUAUAUACGUACAGUAUGUUACGGACUGUAUAACGUCCGUAUUAUCCCUGCUCUGCUGCGGUUGUUGGACCCCGCCACAAAUAUCGCUAUCAACAUCAUGCGCGGAGAUAGUAGAAUUAAAGGAUAUUGUUCCUGAUAUUGCGGAAGACAUUAAGGCGUCGGGGGAACCUAUCCAAAUUCGAGACAUUGUUAUUGAUAUCCAUCAAGAACAAAGCUCAAAUUGUAGUGUGGAUAUCAACAACGAGGAAACGAAGCAACUGGAUAUUUCAGGGGAUGAAAAAGAGUCUGUGGAGGUACCUUCAUGUUCAAAGAACUGCAAUCAUCUUACGGUGCAAGCAAAAACAUUAGUUGAAGGUAUGAACAAAUCAUCACUGCUACGUGAUAGUACUGGCACUUUCGUCGUUUGAAUGGUUCGUGUUGCAAUAAAUGUUUAUUUAGUA